AUGACCUCUCACCGUGAUAAAAUCCUCCUCCGUCCCGCUCGCCGUCUCCUCUUUAAGCGGAUUGCAAGGGGUCGCAAGCCAGCGCGAGCCGCGACCGUGCGAGACAAAGUGGGAACCGCCGCCGAUCGAAAACAAACAGUCGGCCAUGUUGCCGUAGGCCAGACGGCGCUGCGAGAGCCCACGCCGCUGAGCCGCCGCCUGGCUGCCGUGUCGCCGCGUCGAACCUGCGAGGACGGCCUAGCUGGGCUGUACUCGAGCCUGAGAAGCGCGGGAGGCGGGGCAGAAGAAUCAAACAAAGGCCAUGGUGGACGAGGUGCUCCCGGUAUGCUUGAGGGGCAGUUGGAUGGCCUGGGACACUUCGGGAGAGGCCAUACGACGUAUAUACUCAAGAGAAGGGGCGUGGAGGCUGUUCUCGUCACGGAGGAUCCAUUGGGAAGAGUCGUACGGCGUGUUGGCAACUGGCAUCAUGUUGGAGGAUCAGCGCUGUUAGGGCUCGUGUUAUUUAGGUCUAUGGAGUCAUGGACGGCAUGGAGCUGGCUUCUGAACGUCGUCUUCCGCACCGCGUCUUCUUGGUUUAGCUUAGAAUUUGGGCUCUGGAUCAAAUCACCAACAUAUACUCUUCGCAGGCGUUAUCUCGAAAAGACCAAGCAUGCUGCAAGCCCAGAAGCAAGCACCCAAGUAGAAGACCAACUUCCAGGGCGCAUUUGA